AGAGCCAGCUGGGCUACUGAAGGACCUUUAAACAGAGAAGCAAACGCAAGAGGAGACAACUUUAUUUUCCUCUUUUCUCGUUUUUUUCUUUUUUUAUUUAUUAUUACUAUUAUUGAACACUUGAAUUCCCUUUGCACAGCUCACUCAUUCCAGUUGGUGCUGGUAAUGCACCAUUGCCAACCACCAUAAAUAUAAUCAGAACAGGACCUUUAAAAAGGACGACGGCGACUUUUCUCUUCAGAGCGGGGCUAUUUUCGCUGUCAGCUUCACUUUCUAGUGACUUGAAUGAGCUAUAAUCCAAAAUGCCUUUAAAUGAUGAGCGGCCUAACUCCACAUCCAGCGGUGAGGACCAAGGUAGUGAUGUGGAGUCAUCAUCAGAGCGCUGCGACAGCAUGACAUUGAACAGCGACCUGGAGUGCUCACGUGAUAGCUUCACCAGUGACUCCUCCAGCAAGCAUUGUAGCCCAUCCUCAAGCCCACCCAAAACCCUAACGCUGGACGAGGUCAUGGAGUCUGCAAGAGACCUUUUCAAUCUCAGCCUCUCCCAUGAGAUCGUUAUUAACCGCAAUUUCCACCUGGAGCCAAAUAGCCUACCUCAGGACAGUUUAUUAAAGGCAGUGAGAGAUAAUCUUCAGAAGGCCUUCUGGGAUAUCCUGGAGGCUGAGCUGAAUGACGACCCUCCUGAAUAUGGACAAGCCAUCAGAUUAGUGGAGGAGAUCAGAGAGAUCUUAUUGUCAUUCCUUAAUCCGGGUGCCAAUCGGAUGCGGACCCAGAUCAUGGAGGUGCUGGACAUGGACCUGAUUCGUCAGCAGGCUGACAACGAUGCUCUAGACAUCCAGGGACUUGCCUCUUACAUUAUCACAACCAUGGGCAAGAUGUGUGCACCCGUGAGGGAUGAGGAAAUCAAGAAGCUACGAGAGGGCACAGAUAACAUAGUGACGCUUUUUAAGGAAAUAUUCCGUGUGUUGAGCCUGAUGAGAGCGGACAUGGUCAACUGUACAAUUGAAAACCUGAGACCUGUGCUGCAGAGGCAAAGUGUCGAAUAUGAGAGGGCAAAGUUUCAGAGCAUCCUGGACAAAACACCCAGUGCUUUAGACCGCACUACCUCCUGGAUCAAGUCUGCACUGGAGGAGCUGCAGUCAUCCAUCGCCCCUACAGAACAGACUAAUGGUCCUGGAAAAGGACAACCAGUGGUGCCUGGGCCAUUUCAAGUUCUCAACGCUGCCUUCAUUCGCAUCCUCACAUGGGACUACUCCAAGAGCCCACCGCCUGAGACGUGGAUGACAGAUGAGAUCCGUCUCCAAGAGAUUCAGUGGCAGCUUCAGCAAUGUCAGGCUGUGAAUGAGGUGCUGCUCAUUGUCUACAGCACAAUUGGGGGGCCUAUCCAGGGUCUACCAUCCUUGUCUGACCGCCUGAAGAGGAUGAUCAGUGUGCUGCUGGAUGGGAUGCACAGAUCGGACUUUAACCUAGAAGAGUCACUAGAGGGCAUCAGUGCUCAGAUCUGCUGUGAGCUUAACAAGUCUUUAACAGAGAGGAGCUACCCUGCACUGACCCCAGCGCUGCAGGGCACCCUCACAGGCCAGAUUUGCAACAUUACCCAAAAGGACAAUCCCAUCCGAACCCUAGUUGAGGACCGUGUGCAGCAGUACUUCAUGGCACUCAUUUCUGACCCAAAACCUCAGUCCAAAAUUGAACAAGUACCAGCUGGUUUGACUGCUAUCAAGCCUGAACUAGCAAUAAUUGGGGCAAAGUUCAUCUCCCUGGUCAACUACAACAAGACAGUCUAUGGCCCUUUCUAUGCUGACAUCCUGAGGAAGCUGAUGUUCAGCAACAGCCAACCAGCAGCCAACCCUCCUCAGAACACAGCUCAGGACUCUGUCACCCACAAUUAAAAUGAAAAUAUCAUGCAGUUGAAGAAGACUGUUUUUCUACUAGACACAGGUAAAGCAAAGGAGGUGGGGAGUAUCUGUGUCGACUACAAUGUAUUUGAGCAGCAUCAAGCUGGUUGUUAAUACACAAAGAAAACAAGAAAAAGUCGAAGCUAUAGGAGGAGGAAGAGAAAGAUUUUCAGUAAUGGGAUGUCAAUGCAUGGAGUGAAAGAAAAAAAGAGAAGAGGAAAGUGGGUCAUUGUGUCAUGCAGGUUCUGCAGCUGUGGUUUUGUCAUUACAUUUGGCAGUAAAAGCACAGCAGUGUAUUUAUCACAUGCUCAGCUUUAAAUGUGACUCCUUACUUUGCGAAAAUGCUCAAACUUAUUUUUCAGCAAUAUUUGGACAGUAACACAGUUGUUAUAAUUUUACCUCAGUACCCAAUCAGUUUAAUUUUAUUUUCAUUAUUUGAUUUUUUAAAAAGUGCUGACCUAAGCUGAGCUUUUAUUCAAUGGCUUGAACAAAAAUAUAGUGUUACUAUAUUACAUAGCCAUAUACUUAACAAUUAAUCCAGCUGCUUAUGUCCUUGGUCACUAAAGCAAUAAACACUAGUGACCCAGUGCCAUUGGACUGCCUCCACCAUGUUUUACAGAUAUAAUAAACUUUGGGAAAUGAGUUGUCCACAGGUUGACUUCAGGUUCAGCUGUCCAAACAAUACUUAUUAUAUUUAUUACCAAGCUAAAUUCCUGAACCCUUUCUCCAGUUUAGAUGUAAAAGUUCCGUAAAUACUCACUUGAAGCCCGGUAAACAGCAAAAAUAACAAAUACCUUGUCAGUGCUUCCCUGUGAACAUUUAGGACUUCAAACCAGAAAACCAGUAUUAGCUACAAUAAUCCAUUUCUGUACCUAAUGUUGACACCCCCUAUUUUAUCAUUGUGUCUGUAGUCAAACUCCUUGAAUUUUGGAGGCAGUAUAUAAGAACAGAAGGGCAUUUUAAUAUGUACAAUGCAUACAGCAAGCUUUAUAAAACACAGAUGGAGAGGUUUAUAUAGAAAAGUAGCAGAGUAGAAUUUCAGAUUCUUUACAUAUAAUGUUAUCACCGUUAAGUACUAAGGUAACAGUAUAACUGUUAACUACAGAAAAACUGACAAUAAGAAGUGCCACACUUGAAGGUAAUGCAAAACAUGAGCCCUUUUCCUUGGAUUUA